AUGGAGGACGGUACUUACAAAGUGCUGGAAUGUGUGGAAUUCGGGCGUUACGGCGUGGCCGCACGUAACCUGCAGGCAGGCGACCGGCUGUUCGAGGAGCGCCCGUUCGCCGUCGGUCCGAAGCUGGACAGCCCACCGCUCUGUCUGGAAUGCUGUUGCCCGGUGGACGGCAGCAACGGUGGUCCGCGCUGUUCCCGGUGCGGUUGGCCGCUGUGUGAGGAUUGUAGCGGGGCCGGCGAGCUCCUCUAUCACCGGGGCGAAUGUGAGGUGUUUUCGGCGUGCGGUGUACGAUUCCGGCCGGUGGAUGAUUCAACCGCCGGGUGCGUGCAGCUCGAUUGCAUAACCCCGCUGCGGGUGCUGCUGGCGAAGGAGGCGGACGAGGCACGGUGGAUGCGCGAGAUCGAACCGAUGGAGUACCACGACGCGGAACGGCGCGAGAGCGCCAACUGGAAGGUGGACGAGAACAAUAUUGUGGCGUUCCUGUGCGGUCCGUGCAAGCUUGGGCAGCGGUUCACGGCCGAGCUGGUGCAGCGCGCGAUCGGGCUGUUGGAUGUGAACGCGUUCGAGGGACGUACGUGCAACGGGUACAGCCUGCGGGGGCUCUAUCCACAGCUGGCGAUAAUGGCGCACAACUGUGUGCCGAACGUGAUACAUUCGAUACAUCCGAGCGAUGGGUUCAGAUUGGAAGCACGUGUUGCAGUGGAUGUGCCGGAAGGGGAGAAGCUAUACACGACCUACACGUACACAUUGACCGGCACGGUCGCCCGUCAAUCGAUCUUAAAGAUGAGCAAAUUCUUCACAUGCCACUGCACGCGAUGUCUCGACCCGACCGAACUGGGGACGCACUUCAGCACGCUUCUAUGCAGCAAAUGCAACGGAGGAUUCAUAACCACCACCGAUCCACUAGAUGAAAACGCCGAAUGGCGGUGCGCUCAGUGUUGCUUCAAAACGUCCGGGGCCGCCGUCCAGAAGGCGGUCAUGACGAUACACAACGAAAUCGACGAACUGGCCUGUCUGGAGUACGAAGCGAACCGGCUGGAAGCGUACGAGACCGUGUACAAAAAGUAUCGCAGCGUGCUGCAUCCGCUGCACUUCAUCAACACCUCCAUCCGGCACAGUUUGAUCGAGCUGUACGGGCGCAUUCCCGGGUACGAGAUGGUCGAGCUGCCGGACAUACUGCUCGAGCGGAAGGUCGAACUGUGUCGCACCAUUCUGCGAGUGCUGGACGUGUUUGAGCCGGGCAAAUCGCGUGCCAGAGCGAUGCUGCUGUACGAACUGCACGCGCCGCUUAUCAUGCUCGCGCAGUCCGCGUUCGCGCGCGGUGAGGACAACCGGGAUGGGAUGUCGCUCAAGCAACAGCUCACCGAAGCGGCCAACAUACUGGAGGAAUGUGGCGGGAUCCUCGAAUGGGAGGAUCCCAUGACGCCCGAGGGUAUUCUGGCGAACGUGACCAAACAGUCGCUGGCACAGUUGCGGCAGAGUAUCGAAACGCUCGAUUAG